AUGAACCCUCGGCGGACCGCUGUGUGGUUGAACGGAUCCAGAGUCAUCUUGCGGUGGUUCCAGUUGGGGUGGGCACAUGACGAUGACAAUGAUGGUAUUGAGAGUCCCACGUUCACGUACCUCGAGAUGUUCUUCUUUGAUGAACCCUCGGCGGACCGCUGUGUGGUUGAACGGAUCCAGAGUCAUCUUGCGGUGGUUCCUUUGUGGGGAUGUCCCCACCACCGAUAUGCCCUGCUCUGCCAAGCUUAG